AUGGGCCCCUGUACCGCCUCCUCAUGCUGCUGCCAGGCCCGUAAUCUGCCAUGGGCCCCCGUACCGCCUCCUCAUGCUGCUGCCAGGCCCGUAAUCUGCCAUGGGCCCCUGUACCGCCUCCUCAUGCUGCUGCCAGGUCCAGAGUGUCUCAUGGGUCCCUGUACGGCCUCCCAUUGCUGCUGUCUCCAUCGCCACACUCUGCCAUGUGCCACUUUCAGGUCUCCUCACACUGCUGGUGUGUUCCAUUUUGUCAUAGGGUGCUGGCAGAUUACGGGCCUCCCCGUAUUGCUGCUGCCAGGCCCGUAAUCUGCCAUGGGCCCCUGUACCGCCUCCUCAUGCUGCUGCUGGCAGGUCCGGGCCUCCAGCCAUGGGUCCCUGUACGGCCUCCCAUUGCUGCUGUCUCCAUCGCCACACUCUGCCAUGUGCCACUUUCAGGUCUCAUCACACUGCUGGUGUGUUCCAUUUUGUCAUAGGGUGCUG